UGCAGGUUGAUGUGGGUAUAUGUGUGGGAACAUUUAUUUGACCAUCCACUGCACUUUUGCUACGAACGAGGCACCUCUUGCAUCAUAGUUAACUACAAAAGCUGUGGAACUUCAUACAUCUUCAUUCGUCGGGUUCAUCAGAGUGCAUGCUGUCGACUGAGUUUGUUCUCUAAAUGAGAUGUGACUUCCACCAUAGUUAUCUACGAGGAGUAAUGGACUUAUUAGAACUUCAUUCUUUUGCAUGUUCAACUGAUUGCAUGUUUGCAAACAUUUACUCUACCACCAACUGUGUUUCUUGCUGGAAAUGAGACAUUACCUGCUUCAGAGAUAAUUUUGAGUAUUGCAGAAUUAACUACAUCUUCAUUAUUUUGCAGGUUCACCAGAUUGCAUGGUUGCAAAUAUUUACUGUCCCAUCAACUGUGGUUGUUCCUGCAAAUGGUGUGUUACCUGCAGCAGAGAUAUUUAUGAGCGGUGCAGAGCUAACUAUAUCAUCUUUCUUUUGCAUUUCAACAGAUUGCAUGGUUACCAACAUUUACUCUUCCUUCGACAGUUUCUAUUGCUGCAAAUAAGACACUAAGUGCAGCACAGAUAAUUAUGAGUGGUGCAAAACUGACUACAUCUUCUUUCUUUUGCAGGUUCUUCAGAUAGUAUGGGUGCCCAAUUUUCUCUCCCAUAAUAUGUGUUUGUUGCUGUAAAUGAGACAUAACCAGCAGAAGAGUUAAUUUUGGGUAGUACAGAACUAACUACAUCUUCUCUUCUUUUACAGGUUCAACAAAUUGCAUGGUUGCAAACAUUUACGCUCCCAUCGACUGUGUUUGUUGCAGCAAAUGUGACAUUACCUGCAACAGAGAUAAUUAUUAGCAGUCGUAAUCUAACUACAUCUUCUUUCUUUUGUAGGUUCAUCAGAUUGCAUGGUUGCAAAUAUUUAUUUUGCCAUCAACCGUGUUUGUGGCUAGAAAUGUGACAUCACCUGCAGUACACAUAAUUAUGAAUGGUAGAAAAUGUAAACGUCCUUCCCACUGACGUUCUCAGCAGAUUCAUCAAAUUGGCUGGUUGCAAAUGUUUACUCCCCCAUCGACUGAGUUUUAUGCUACAAAUGAAGCAUUACCUGCAGCAGAGAUUAAUAUGAGCAGUACAGAACUGACAACAUAUUCUUCCUUUUGGUCCAUCAGAUGGUAUGGCUGCAAACAUUUACCCUCCCAUCAACUGUCUGUUGUUUGGAAUGAGACAUUACCUGCAGCAGAGGGUGACGAGGUGCUGGUGGCCGUGCAGGAGGGCGUACUGAGAGGCAGCACAGCCACGAGCGCCUACAACACGACGUACUCCGCCUUCCUGGGCAUUCCGUACGCCGAGCCGCCGGUUGGCGACCUACGCUUCGAGGCGCCACGACCAGUAGCGGGCUGGGAGGGCGUGUUCAACGCCACAGAAUAUGGCAGCAACUGUGUACAAGAGGACGGCAGUGGGUCGGAGGACUGCCUCUACCUGAACGUGUACGUGCCUGGCGUUCCAGCGGAAGGCGCAGCGCUGCCCGUUAUGUUCUGGGUGCACGGCGGGGGUUUCUCACACGGCAGCGGCGAUGGUCGUGAGUUCGGGCCUGAUUUCCUCGUCUCGUAUGGAGUCAUACUGGUCACUGUCAACUACCGCUUGGGCCCGCUCGGCUUCCUGAGCACAGGUGACGAGGUUGUUCCUGGCAACGCUGGCCUCAAGGACCAGCAGCUGGGGCUCACCUGGGUGCAGAGGAACAUCGCCAGCUUCGGCGGGGAUCCACAGCUGGUGACUCUCUUCGGUCAGAGCGCUGGAGGGGUUUCUGUUUCACUGCAUCUCAUGUCACCUGGAUCUGCAGAUCUGUUCUCGCGGCUGGUGGACCAGAGUGGCACAUUCGUAGCCUGCAUGUCCGUGGUACGGGAUCCCCGAUACCACGCCUUCAGACUGGGCUCCGUUCUCGGCUACGAAGCUGAAAACGCACAGCAACUGUUGCAGUUCUUACGCUCUGUCAACGCCACUGACCUACUAGUGGAUAACUCACUCUUAAUGACGGAUGAGCAAAAUCUCUACUUCUCAUACAGCGUAUGGGCACCUAACAUCGAACCGGAUAUCGAAGGUGCAUUCAUAUCAGAGUCUCCUAUUCGUGCUGUGAAUGAAGGUCGCUUUAACCAGGUGCCUAUCAUGACUGGCGUGACCUCCGCUGAGACAGGUGCUGGUAUUGUAAAUAAGUCAGACCUUGUAACUAACCUUAACAAGACAUUCGAAAAAGUGGUGGGACCUUGCCUACAUUUGUCGACGAUAGAAGAGCAGACUCAAGCAGCAGACAAGCUUAGGAACUUCUAUUUUGGAAACGAAACUAUCAGUACCGAUCAGCCGCAACCUUUAGUUCACCUUGAUGUAGAUUUAAAUUUCUUCAACCCCACUGAUGCAAUGGUGAGAAGAAUAACAGAAGUAACUAACUUGUCAGUCUACUACUACGAGUUCGACUAUCAUUUGGAUGAUACCUUCGUGAACGAAUUUGGAGUUGGACAUAGCGGUGAACUACAAUUUCUCUUCCUGCGGACGGAUCUGGACAUUAGUUAUAACCUGGAUCCGAAAUCAGAAGAGGAUCAAGUACGAAGAAACAUUCUGCGCCUCUGGACCAACUUCGCGAGAUAUGGAAACCCGACACCAGUUGCAGAUCCUGUGGUCUGGGAGCCCUACGACAUGACGAGGAGGAGCUACCUUCUGAUACAAGCCAACAUCACGCUCGGCCACGAGAAGGACAAGGACCGCAUGGACUUCUGGGACGAGAAUGUACCGUUGCAACCGUUCCCUGGAACAUAGGGCCUACUGAUGAGAGCACACUCUGGGGACACGGCACUGUCAGGGUUGCUCCGUAAUAUUGUUUGAAGUGACAAUAAGAACGAAUUAAACACAUUCAUUUUAAUAACAAUAA